AUGUCCUUCAAGUCGAAUGUCGAAGAGAAUGGGUUAGAAGAAACAAGGAAAGCGUAUAUGCUCCCACACAAUCGGAAGGAAAUUGAGCGGAUGAAAAUUCAACACGAGUGGAUCAAAGGCUCGUUCGGCGGCUUGAUCAAAGCCCCAAUUGACUACAAUAAGAAGAAGCAGAAGAUACUGGACUCUGCAACCGCUGAUGGAACGUGGAUUUUCGAUGCUUCUACACUUUUCCCGGCAGAGACGGAGUUUGUGGGGUUUGACAUUGCGCCGGAGAUGUUUCCACCAUCUAAUAUGUUGCCACCCAAUGUUACCCUGUCCCUCAUGGAUUUGUCAAGAGACCUGCCUACCGAAUGGGAGCAGCAGUUUGACCUCGUCCAUCAACGCUUCGUCUUUCCUGGAAUCGCAGCAAAGCAGAUCGGAGAGUUUCUGGAUAGGUUGAUGGAAUGUGUCAAACCUGGUGGAUGGAUACAACUGGUUGAGCCUGCAGCGAAUGAGAACGUGUCCGGCCCCGAUCCAACAGCCUUCCAUGUUCUCCAUAAGUUUGCGGAUAAAUGCAUGCAAAGCCCAGACCCGAGAGACACGAUCUUGUCGAAAUUGAAAGAGGGUGGCUUCAUCAAUGUGAAUGUCGAAACGCGGGAUAUCGUGGUCGGUAAGUACCAGAGUAAUCGGGAGCUGGAUGUGCGAGGGCGGAAAUGCAUGAGAGCAGCGGUGAUGAACAUGUCCGCAAUUGCCAACGCAAAAAUGCUGGGAAUAGAGGAGGCGGAUUGGGAUAAUCUGCUUGAUCGGUUCGAGGCCGACAUGGAAAAGUACAGAACUGCAGUGCGGCAUUUCAUAAUCUGGGCUCAACGGCCAUGAGAAGCGUGAGCUUCCAUAACGUAUUGCUAUGAUGCUUCUAGGGCUCCUUAUGAGAGGGUCAACUAACUCCUUUGCAAACG